AUGGCGAACGAAAGUACCAGCUCUAGUACUGGUAUCGAUAAUGUCAGCUCAACAGUAAAGACACUGAGAGCUACGUUGACCUCAGAAACUACCCCGCUGGCCCGCCGUUUCCGGGCUCUUUUCUCCCUCAAACAUCUCGCGUGCCUGCAUCCACCUACGGAAGACACUAUCCCAGCUAUAGAGGCCAUUGCUGCAGCCUUCCCUUCGCCGUCCGCGUUGCUAAAACAUGAGCUAGCUUACUGUCUGGGCCAGACCAAGAACCUACAUGCGGUGUCAUCCCUACGUCAUGUGUUGGAAGAUAAGAACGAGGAUAGCAUGUGCAGACAUGAGGCAGCAGAGGCUAUCGGCGCGUUGUCAGAUACAGCAAGCCUAGAUCUACUACGGAAGCUAAGAGACGAUCCAAAUGAGCCAGAUGUUGUUCGGGAAACUUGCGAGAUUGCAGUGGAUAGAAUUCUGUGGGAGAACUCGGAAGAAAGACAGGCAGAGAAGGUUAAGAAGAGCGACUUCACUUCCAUAGACCCUGCUCCUCCAACCGCGCUCACCUCAGAGGGACACUCGAUCCCAGAGCUCAAGAAAACUCUCCUCGACACAAAUAUUCCUCUCUUCCAACGGUAUCGUGCAAUGUUUGCUUUGCGUGAUCUCUCCUCCCCGCCAGACCUGUCAACAGCGCGUGAAGCAGUCGAGGCAUUGGCAGAGGGUCUCAAGGAUAAAUCAGCGUUAUUCAGACACGAAAUUGCAUUUGUGUUCGGACAGCUCUCUCAUCCUGCUAGUAUCCCAAGCUUGGUGGCCGCCCUCAGCAAUAAGGAAGAGGUUGGUAUGGUCCGUCAUGAGGCCGCAGAGGCCCUUGGAAGUCUAGGUGAUGAGGAAGGAGUAGAAGAGGUUCUAAGGAAGUUCCUGGACGACCCAGAGGUUGUUGUCAAGGACAGCGUUGUUGUCGCUCUCGAUAUGGCGGAAUAUGAGAGGAAUGGCGACCUCGAGUAUAGUUUGAUUCCAGAGCCAGCUGCCGCUGGUUGA